AUGCGAAACAAUAAUACCAACAAUAAAACCGCGCUAGUGACAAUCUCCCUGGCAAACCUCUCCGAUGAGGAGUUGCACGCGUCCGGGACUAGCUUUGUCCACCAACCUCUGCGGAUGAAUCUGAUCCAGCACAUCGAGGAGGCGGUGUUGUAUCUCUUCGUUUUAAUCCCCCAACUCGCGAACUACCUGGACUUUGUGUUGCCGUUUGAGAUGACGGUGAAUUUGAAGUUGAACAACAAUUUCAACGACAGUAACCAGCAGUUGAAGGGGUUGGCGAGGUUUGGCGUGCUAAGGACGAAAAUGAUGAAUGUGGAUAGAAAUAAGGGAAGCAACAGCAAGACCAGUGUAGAACAUCAAUUGCCGACCGGUGCAGUAGCGGGAGCUGCACCAUCAUCUUCCAACAUGACGGACAGCAGGACCACUACGACCAUGUCAGCGAGCGCUGUUCAUGGGCCAGGCCAGAACGACCAACAAUCAAUGUCGUCGAAGCCGCCGCUUUCUUGGUCUUCCCGCACGUCCGCUUUGUUGCAGCAGAAAUUGAAAAGGAAAUUAAACGACGUAUCCUGAGUAAAAACCUCCCCACCUCCCCAGAGUCAAUAUUGCGAUUUUGCUACACAAAUCACCAAGUUUUGGCUGUUUCGCAUGACAAGGUUGGACUCGUAGUGUGGUGCUGUUUGAGGUAGUGCAGACGCAUCGCAAAUUGACUGCCUCAUCCUGAUUCCAGCAUUACAAGCCUCCAGAUAGGCCGUAAUAACAAGACCGUAAUAAGGUUCCAGCAUUACAAGACCUUCCAGCAUUACAAGACCGUAAUAAGGUUCCAGGAUUCCGUGUCACAGUUUUAUUCCUGAGGCUUGUUUUCUCCUGUGUAUUUCGACGAAGUUUAUUGUAGUCGGUGUUUCUUUCAAAAAACGUAAGGAAAUGCCAGUGCGGGUGCGGCAAACAAUAUUGUUUUCGAGAGACAAUGACGUCGGUUUCUGUUCUUUCGUGGUUUUGACAAUUGAAGACUCCUUCAGGAAUAAAUGCCUUGCGCCGUCCCUCUUAAUGCGCUGCAGGUCCAGAUCGAACAACUCGAAGUAUGUUUUUCCUCACCUCCAGACAGAAAUUGGCUCCCCUGUACCGUCGAGUAUUGUUCAGACAGACACUCCCGCGUUGGUGAUUCGAUUUUGACCAAUACUACCUUCUCGAACUGCACAAAAGUCAAAAUGUCCGUCUCGCUUCAACAUCCUUCGUCUCCUUUGCACGUCGGCGCGAUGAAUAGCGCGUCUUCCACCUCCAGUACGACGACAGCCCGCUGUCCGGUCUGCGAAUACGCCAACCGCGCAACGACGAUGUGCUGCGAGUGUGCGCAGAAAGAGAUUGAACUGCACGUGUUGGAAAAGCUUAAAGAGGAAAAAUUUUUGUACGAACAGGAGAAGAAACAAUUCAAGAAAAGACUCCAGGACUCGAUGAGAUGAACGGAAUCAGGGAUAUUCGCAGCAAAUAGACGUCGAGACCCGGCUACGGACAACGCACCGGCCUCGAGAAACUUGUCAACGUCGACAGCCUCGCUGUACCGCUCUAUUGAGGACUUGAAAAAAGAAAUCGCGAAAUUCACCACGACCUCAGAAACAAGGUCCACCUCCGUCGUGGAGAAAAAGUCUUCAGAAACGACGGCGCCCUCAUGUCGCAGCUUGUCAAAGCUGGAGAAACUGCGAGAAACAGUGGAAGAGAAGAAAAAAUUCCUCCAGCAGAAACGGAUAUCAAUGGAGAAAAACCAGUAUUACUACCAGAAAAUGUCGGGGUUCUGUUCUUCCAGUUCUCCGACGACAACCUCAUCUGGCAUGAUGGUCUCGUCAACAGGAGCUUCAGAACUUCUUUUUUCAAAAUACCAACACCAACUAGAUUUGAAGGAAAUCAGGAGACAGAAGUGCUUGGAGUUGGUGAAUCUCUUCCCGUUGAAAAAAAUCGUCACUUCGAGGAGACAAUCCUCGUCUUCGAAGUCCUCUUCCGCGGGGGGCUACAGCAACUCCAGUUAUCCAAGAAAAAAACAUUGUUAGUGUAGGAUUCUCAAAAAUCACCGAAUUUUUUUUUGGUCGAAACAAAGAAAAUUUUCAGCUCGCUGCGGUCCGCCACCUUCGAACCUGUUAUGAUUUUGUAUGAUGAUUCUUAACUUGUCUAAAUAGCUAUAGGUUGCUUCGGUUCAUUAAAACUAGUUAAGGAGGCAGGUCUCUUCGGUGGCGACGACGCGGGACGCGGACAAGCAGUGGCUCAUGGGUGACCAGCCCUCUGGCCCCACCUGGGGCCAGAAGCGUACAUAGCGGUAGGUGUUGAAGCGAGCCGUCAGAUUCCAGUGCAGUAUGCAGUGUCCUGCCUCCUUAACUAGCUAAUACAUGAGAAAACCGAAGCAACCUAUAGCUAGACUUUUCAUCAGCAUUCCAAAGCAGCAAAUCUAAAGUAAUCCGGACUUACCUUUUUCAAAAAAAAAAUCGACCUUCAGACCAAAAAAAAAUUCGGUGAUUUUUGAAAAUCCUACACUAACAAUGUUUUUUUCUUGGAUACCAGUAUGCGAAAGAAUACCAACAAAAGUGCGUUAGUCACAAUCUCCCUGGCAAACCUUUCCGAUGAGGAGUUGCACGCCUCGGGAACCAGUUUCGUCCACCAACCUCUGCGCAUGAAUUUGAUUCAGCACAUUGAGGAGGCGGUGUUGUAUAUCCAAGAAAAAAAUUGUGUAAGUGUGACUUUGUGUUGCAGAAAAUGCAAAACUGUAUACACUUGUCAUGCUAGACAUACAUCAGAGCCUCUUUUCGUACGUGUUUUUACGUACUAGCUACGCAUGACAGGUUUUCUCUGUCAUGCAGAGUAAACUUGUGAUGCUACUCCUCCAAGAAAAGUUACACUUACACAGUUUUUUUCUUGUGAUAUUGUAUCUCUUCGUUUUAAUCCCCCAACUCGCGAACUACCUGGACUUCGUCUUGCCGUUUGAGAUGACCGUGAAUCUGAAGCUGAACAAAACAAGUUUCAACGACAGUAACCAGCAGUUGAAGGGGUUGGCGAGGUUUGGUGUGCUAAGGACGAAAAUGAUGAAUGUGGAUAGAAAUAAGGGAAGCUGCAAUAGCAAGACCAGUGUAGAACAUCAAUUGCCGACCGGUGCAGUAGCGGGAGCUGCACCGUCACCUUCCAACAUGACGGACAGCAGGACCACUACGACCAUGUCAGCGAGCACUGUUCAUGGGCCAGGCCAGAACGACCAACAAUCAAUGUCGUCGAAGCCGCCGCUUUCCUGGUCUUCCCGCACGUCCGCUCUGUUGCAGCAGAAAUUGAAAUAUCCUGUGCAAAAGUAUCGUACUCGUAGUAAUCGCAGUCAUGCACUACAAAUCUCCUUCUUAACCUAAAUCCGCAUUACAAAGUCCAUUUUUCACGCUGAGGGAAUUUCUCAUGCGAUUUCUAUAAAAUAGUACGAUGCUUAUGCUUUUGCAGUGCAUAUGAAAAGGAAAUUAAAUGACGUGAUUGUGGAGAAAAGUCCGGAUUUUCUCGCGCAAUACUGGCUGGCGAACAAAAUGGACCAGAGAUUGCUUAACAGUGGAACUACAAUUGAUGCGAGCAACGCAUUACAAACUGGUCCUGCCGACGAUGAAGAGGAACAAGAUUUAACCUGGGAAGAGGAAGGAGACGAGGACUUGACGCAAUUAUACUAUCCAAACAGCAACGAGUUUGGUUGCACAGAAGAUUCAGUAGUCGACCACCAGCAAGUAUUAAAACGAAGUAGCGACAUCGCGGACACUAAAAUGUAUCCAAAACAUGUCGAUCCGUCAACAAGUAGAAGAAGACCUCAGCGCCGUCGCACGAUGAAGACAUUCACCCGCGCUGCCUCUACGCUCCGCUUGGAGAAUCACCGGGUCGUCACCACGGACUACGCAACCACGAUGCUGUUACUACGGGAAAAUUUACGGAUGCUGGCGAAGCGGCAAGGGAUCAAAGUAGUGUGGGGGAAAGAGCAGGAAGAGCAGCAGAAUGUUUUAUCGAAUGUUGCGAAAAGUACUAGGUCGACCUCCGGGAGGAAAAGCGGUUCCUCGGGCGCGGGAACAGCAACAGUGACACCGACGUCCGAUAAGCUGUAUUUACGAAAAAUGAUGAAGCAGGAAGGUACUGGUAGCAAGGAAGCCGACUACCUGAUCAAUACUUCUCCGACCAACAAACGGCACCAGCAGCGUGAGCAGUCUUCAGAACGACAAAACAAACGGCACCAGACGGAUACAAGUACCGCCGAAGAUGUUGAACAAGAUCAGCAGCAAAAUAUGAUCCCUGCUAGUAGAACAUCAAGUACCUCCUUUACGCCUUCGUCUCUGAAAAAUCUUUUCAAACAAACAGGAAGUUCCGUCCUGCAAAACACCUCCUCUGCCCUGCAGAGCAUCUUCGGAGCGACUCCACCGUCAGCUGAGGGGAAAAUCGUAGGGCCAGCAACCACAACUGGGAGCGCCUCUUCGGAGGUGGCCGCUGAGGCAGUCAGUUCUGGUCGGAGGACGUCGAGCAAUUACACACCGUCCCCGCCAGGCGCGGUGGGUGGAACAACUACAGCCGCUGCUAGUAGCGCCGCUUACACCACGCCGGUACGCGGCGGAGGUGGUUCUGCGGGACAGCUGCUUGCACCUUCAGCCGGCUUUCACAGCCAGGAGGAAGAAAUGGAACCACAACCCGUGAUAGAAGAGGAUGCGAGUUUGCUGUGGAUGCUGAUGCAGAUCAUCAAUGCGCGGGAAUUGGGGUGUCUGCACCCAGGAAGUUCUACUAGCGCGUCUAGGACUCUGAUAGCAGCAGCAGCAGCAGCAGGGCAAUCACUCGCACCAGAACAUCAAGCAGCGACAUCCCGCGAAGUAGACACUGUGUAUCCGGAGAGAAGACUGUUCGCGUCAGCUUCGAAGGACGGGACUGGAGAAGCGGAAAUAAAGAGUGAUCAUGGGAAUGGGAAGGAUUCCGCGGAUGCUCGUCAUACAACAGGUGAGUCGAAGAGUAGAACUACAGUGGGUAAUGUUCUUUCUCAUGCUAGACAGGAUGUGGACCAAGACGAGUCUCCACCGUUGAUCUCUGGAUCAUCCGAAUGGACCAUGUUGUGAUCACACAGGUUACCUAUCCAAGAAAAAAACGUUGUUAGUGUAAAUUUGUGAUGCGGAACAUGCAAGAUGAUUGCGUCUGUCAUGCUUGGCAUGCAUUGUAGGGUCCACUAACAGGCGUUUUCACUUAGUAUCUGCGCAUGACAGGUUUUUGCUCUCAUGCCAGACAGAUUUGUAAUGCUGUUCCUCCAAAAAAGUUACACCUACAAUGUUUUUUUCUUGGAUACUACAUUGCCGCGCAAUAAUCUUCACUGUUUGCUACUUCAAAACCCGUAAAUGCACCGUCGGCGCAAGUUGUACAAGUAGAAGCAAUAC